AUCCAGCCCAUAAUUGUGAAAAUGGGGGUGCCAAUGCAAGGUCUUCCAGAAGAUAGUUCUCUUCAACAGGCCACGUCUAAGAGGUGUCUCAUACUCCCUGUUUCCAGUGGCUGGAACAUGAUGGAUCACACAGGUGUCAUAGACACAGAGGAAGAACUAGGUCCUCUAGCCCACCUUGCACCAAGUCCUCAAAGUGAGGCUGUGGCUCAUGAAUUCCAGGAGCUCUCUCUACAGUCCAGUCAGCACUUACCCCCUCUGAAUGAACGGAAGAACGUGCUCCAACUGAGGCUGCAACAAAGGAGGACAAGAGAACAACUCGUGGACCAGGGCAUCAUGCCACCUUUGAAGAGUCCAGCAGCAUUCCAUGAGCAGAUAAAAAGCCUGGAACGAGCCAGAACUGAAAACUUCCUGAAGCACAAGAUCCGGAGUCGCCCUGAUCGCUCUGAGUUGGUCAGGAUGCACAUUUUAGAAGAAACAUUUGCAGAGCCAUCUCUGCAGGCCACACAGAUGAAGCUGAAGAGAGCUCGACUGGCAGACGACCUGAAUGAGAAGAUUGCACAAAGGCCUGGUCCCAUGGAGCUGGUGGAAAAGAACAUCCUUCCUGUAGACUUGAGUGUCAAGGAAGCAAUUAUAGGUGUAGUGAAGGAGGACUAUCCCCACACUCAUGGGGAGUUCUCAUUUGAUGAAGAUAGCAGUGAUGCUUUGUCUCCAGACCAGCCAGCAAGCCAGGAGUCUCAGGGCUCAGCAGCAUCCCCCAGUGAGCCAAAAGUCAGUGUCUCGCCACCUCCUGUGACUGCAAACACUCCAGCCCAGUUUACCUCAGUGUCCCCAGCAGUUCCUGAAUUCUUGAAAACCCCUGUAACUUCGGACCAGCCUCCCACAAGAUCUACAGUUCCCAUCCUCCCCACAAACACUGUGUCCUCAGCGAAGCCUGGCCCAACACUGGUGAAGCAAAGCCAUCCUAAGAAUCCAAAUGACAAACACCGUAGCAAAAAAUGCAAAGAUCCAAAACCCCGAGUGAAAAAGUUGAAGUACCACCAGUACAUUCCUCCAAACCAGAAAGGGGAGAAGAGUGAGCCACAGAUGGACUCCAACUAUGCCCGCCUGCUCCAGCAGCAGCAGCUCUUCCUACAGCUACAAAUCCUGAGCCAGCAGCAGCAGCAGCAGCAGCAGCAGCACUACAACUACCAGACCAUCCUGCCCGCACCCAUCAAAAACGACAAGAACAGCAGUAGUAACACGACUGUACCUGCGAGGAGGCCAGGACCUCUGCCUUCCAGCUUGGACGACUUAAAGGUGUCAGAACUGAAGACAGAACUCAAACUGAGGGGUCUGCCAGUAUCAGGCACUAAACCAGACCUCAUUGAACGCCUGAAACCCUACCAGGAAGUGGCCAGCAGUGGCCUUGCUGCUGGCAGUAUUGUGGCAGUAUCUUCAGGAGCUAUUGUUACCAGUAACCCAGAGAUGACGGUGGCACUGCCAGUCACAACACUGCAUAAUGCUGUGACUAGCUCUGUGUCCACUUUCAAGGCAGACUUGCCACCUGCUGGACCCAGCAAUGUGGCCCACGUUGAAAGUGUCCAUUCCCCUCUGCCUGUUUCUCCAUCACCCUCCGAGCCAUCCAGUCUCAGUACUGAUGACACAAACAUGACAGACACCUUCACUGAGAUCAUGAACAUGAUGUCCCCUUCCCAGUUCCUGUGUGCCUCCCCACUGAGGGUGGCAGGCCAUGAGGACAGUCUGAGCCCCACAAGCACCCUGUCAGCCCUAGAACUGGAUGCUGCUGAGAAGGACCGCAAGCUUCAGGAGAAGGAGAAGCAGAUUGAAGAGCUAAAGAGGAAACUGGAACAAGAGCAGAAGCUUGUAGAGGUCCUCAAGAUGCAACUUGAGGUGGAAAAACGAGGGCAGCGGCCCCCAGAUCCUCAACCCAGUGGCUCCUCACAGCCCCUCAGUACAUCAGAUCAGACUCAUGGCAGUGUUAGGUCCUCCAUCAAGGAUGAGACCUCACUUCCUGACUGCUCUAGCCCCCAGCAACCCAUCUCCACAGGCAGCCAGACCCUUAUUGCCAAAAAGGCUGUGGUCAUCAAGCAGGAGGUCCCCAUAGCCCAAGCAGAACAGCAGAGUGUUGUCUCGCAGUUUUUUGUGAGUUCUCAGGGACAGCCACCUGCCCUUGUUGCUCAGCCUCAGGCCUUACUGACCACACAGACCACUCAGCUGCUAUUGCCGGUGUCCAUCCAGGGCUCGAAUGUCACAUCAGUGCAACUUCCAGUAGGCAGCCUUCAACUACAGACUCCAGCACCAGGAGGAGCUCAGGCUCAGCCUCAGGUAGCUACUGCCACACAGAUUCCAGCAGCAGCCUUGGCCCCAGCACUUCCUCAGCAGCAGGAGGCCUUCCCACAGCAUGUGUUGGGCCAGCCUCAGCCAGUCAGAAAGGUCUUCACAAACUCGGCACCAAACACAGUUCUUCAGUAUCAGAGGCCACCUGGCCCAACAACCCAGCAACCCUUUGUCAGUAAAAGCUCCAACCCUGUUCUUCAGUCUAGAAGCACCCCACUUGCACCACUACAAAAUGGCCCUAGCACAGCCAGCAAGCCUAGCUCACCCUCCCCACCCCAGCCGUUUGUUGUCCAGCACUCCUUGUUUGGGACCCCAGUCACCAAGACAAAAGACCCACCUCGAUAUGAAGAGGCCAUCAAGCAGACACGUAGUGCCCAACCAGCCCUUCCAGAGGUUUCCAACGUGCACAGUCAGCAGAUGGACGACCUCUUCGACAUCCUCAUAAAGAAUGGAGAAAUUUCCUUCCCUAUAAAAGAAGAGCCUUCUCCAAUUUCCAAGAUGAGACCAGUGACAGCCAACAUCACUACAAUGCCAGUCAACACAGUGGUGUCUCGACCCCCACCCCAGGUCCAGAUAGCACCACCGGUGUCCUUAGAACCUAUGAACAGUUUGUCUGCCAGCUUAGAGAACCAGCUAGAAGCCUUCUUGGAUGGAACUUUACCCUCGACCAAUGACAUUACCCCACUGCAGAGCAGCAGUGAAGAUAGAGAGCCUUUCUCUCUAAUAGAGGACCUCCAGAAUGACUUGCUAAGUCACUCCAGCAUGUUGUACCACUCUCACUCUCCCAUGGAGACCUCUGAGGCCCAGUUUGUAGCAGGGACCCCCUGUCUAUCUCUCGACCUUUCAGACUCCAAUCUGGACAACAUGGAGUGGCUAGACAUCACCAUGCCCACCACAUCCUCUGGGCUCACUCCUCUGAGCACCACUGCACCAAGCAUGUUCUCUGCUGAUUUUCUGGACCCACAGGACCUGCCACUCCCAUGGGACUAAGGUCACAGGUCACUUGUCUCAGAGUCGUGAGGUUUCAAAACAUGAAAACAAUCCUGAAGAGUCAGUGCUUAGAGCUAUAGCCAUAGCUGCACUGUUGCAAUUAAAAUAUGUUAUCACAGAAAAAAAAGGACGGUCAUAGCCUGGAAGCCAAGUGUGAGAGCACCUCAUGCAUCUUGCAGUGACUCCACAACUUACAGAGGCAGGCCUGUUGCAUGCAAGAGGCCUUGUGACAUGCCUUAGAGAAAGCCAAAGGUCAGGUGCCAUCCACAGGAAGUUGCACUGGGGCUCUGGUCAGCAGCUACCUUUCAAACUCUGUGGUCACCUCAUGGCCCUAAUAAGAGGCAAGCAGCUCCACUUGAAACACAAGGCAACUACAAGGGAGGGGAGGAGGGAGGGAGAAGCCACUGCACAUUUGCUCCCUAGAGUGGCCUGAGCCAGGUCUAUAGCAAAGUCAGAGGCAGUUGUGCAUGAUGUACAAACAGCAGCAGCAGCUUUCAGUCAGAGGCUCUGAGUUCACUCUGAAAUCUGUGUGUCUGUAUGUCAUAGGUCAGUUUGUGAAUUUGAAAAUCUAAGUGAACAGCCUCUCAUCAUAAGUGUUUGUCUACAAAAUCUGCAACACAAGAGCCCAGUGCACAGUUCAGAUGUGUUGGUAGUGCUGCAGCUUCCCCAGCAGCCUCAGAUGGGUGAAGUUGGUUCCCUUAUGACAUUAGGCAUUGGAAUGUGCUGACCUUGUUACCUCUACAGCCUGCAAUAGAGUAAAAAGAUGGCUGUCCACUGGUCCUACUUGUUGGAAUAACUCAGCUAUCUCUAGAGUACCUGAGCCACAGUAUCUCCAUCUUUGAAGAUUAGUGGACAGACUCUCAGGUGAUCACACCCAUCUCAAAAAACCAAAAAAGGCUUCAGCAUGAAAUUCCUUUUUGAGCUAAUGAGUUACAAGAAGGGAAGGUGUAGAUCAUCUGUCAAACUCUAAGACAGUCCCACCAUGAGCACGGGUUAGACCGUCUCCUGUCACUAGAUCCUUGAUUCUCAUUGUAUAGGCUUGUAACUGGAUGCCCUGCAUGUUCUCAGUGUGUCCUCAAGCCUAAUCCUAAAAACUGGAUUUCUAUUUCUGUUUUCUCUUGAUCUAUAAAGGAAAAGUUAGGUUUGUCAAGUAAUUUAAGAAUUUUCUAAAAUGCCAACUGCCACAGGAUUUCCAUAACUCUUGAUCUAGUCAUUUAGUUACUGGCAAAUUGUAAAUAACUGACCAAAGUAUGGGCUUUCUAUUAACUAAGAGCCUUAUCCUCGUCCCUUCCCACCCCUUUAACUCUGCAUGUGGGCUUCCUACAUAGGCCUGUUCCACAGGCACGCCCAGGAAGUAGCCUGACGCAUUGCCUAGACAGAACCUGAAUCAUUUCUGAGGAGGUUUUGCCCCAAUGUGAUCUUAGUUCAAGUCUGUAUUUGUUUAAUCCUACUCUGUGUCAGAAUGGUACUUGUUCCCAGCUUUACCCUCUUUGAACAGCGCUCCCUCACCUGAAGCUUGGCUUACUGGUAAGGGGAAUCCUAUUGUUAAGAAACUGUUCAGUGUUGGGAGACAUCACCAUUCUGAUAGCUGAACACUACCAUCUGACAAGUUUUUGAGCUCACUCUCACAUGACAUACCAAGUUGGUUCUGCUGCACAGCUGCUUGUAUCCAGAUGUAGACCUGGGAAGGAACUCUUCCCUGUGGGAAUUUUAGCUCUAGUUUUUGGUAGAGAGCUUUAGUCCUCUCUCCCUCUUUGAGUAUCCAGGUAAAGUAGUACCAAGUAUCAUCAAGCUUGUGGGAGAUCACUAAAUGCUAGUGCAUUUCCUUCUGUAGGAAAAUUUAAUUUCUGUAAUCCUGAGCUGUAAGUCUUUAUAUUGCUUUUUAAGUUGCUUUGAAGCCUGUCACAAGAAAGUUGUUCUCCAAAUACAAGUGAGUACAGAGGAAGCCAUCUCAGUUGUCCAUAUGCCCAUUCUGUCCAGGCUUCAAUCCAUCAGGAUCCCAUUUCUUAAAAAACUAAGGGGGCUUCCAGUUACAGCAUUCCUCUCCUAACUCUGCUGGUUCAUGCAUCCAGUAGGUACUUACGACACCAAUGACAUGAGAGUUAGGCUUCCCCCACAUGCUCUGGGUGAGAAUGGACAUCUUUCCCAUGUGCUCACAUAAAUGUGUCGUGACCAAAGACCACUCUGCAAAAAGGCCUCUUGACCUAGCUCCAGCCCUCAGUGAGUGUGUCAGAAAAGGUGUGUGUCAGGCCAACAAGAUGACUCAGCAGGCCAUGGUGGGGCAUCUGCCAACAGGACUGAGGAGCUGAGCUUGAGCCCCAGAAUUCAUGGGAUGGAACAGAACUGACUCCCACAAGUUGUCCUCUAACUUCCCCACACAGACCCACCUGUAAGUGGAUAUAAAGUUAUUUCACAGCCAUUAAAGCAUGGAUCAACGAGCCCUUUCAAUUUCCACUGUGCAUGUACAUGUGUGGUGUAGGCUUUUGCUUAUACCAUGUUGCCAAGGAAAUCCCUCCUAGAAGCUUGAGGUAUCUGACUCCAGCCUCACUUUUCCACAUAACCCAAAGUGCAAUGGUAUCAACUUGACUUUGUAAGGUACAGAUUUCCAGUCAUCUCCUGGGAAAUAAUUGCUCUACGGCUUCUAGAAAGCUGAUAUGGCUGUGGCCUCUCUAGGAAACCAGGGCUGACUCAAGCACCCUGCUCAAGUGUGCAGUCAACACACAGAGAUGCUCCAAAUUCAUGAGACUUCUUGCUCAAAUAUGUGUUUGUUUCGCACAAAUGUUUUUCUAAGACUUUACUAAAACCUUCUUUCAGAAGCUCCGUGGUUCCCUGGCCACAUGCUGUGUCUUGCUGGCCUGAACACUACAUAAAGCCAGGGACCCGGGGCCAUACUAUCAGCCCACACACACCAUCAUCCCACCCAGAGGAGCGGGUAAGAGCAGUGUCUACUUUGUCAGCAGAGUGGACACAAAACACCUGAGCCCAGUUAUUCCAGGCAAUGUUCCCAGCAAUGAAAUCUGAAGAGGCAGCUGUCCCUUAAGUUAGAGGGCAGCCCCUUUACUGUCCUCAAGCAGACCUGGCCCAGAGAAGUAGCAAGAAGAGCCCACAUCACAUCUACACCCUUAGCUGUUCCCACACUGGCCAGUCUCAGAAGCUGCUGCUGGUAGAAGGCUGGGGUCUUGGACAUCACCAAGACUGCAUAGAAAGCUAAGAGUGGCUGUUGUAUUGUACCAUCAGAGCAACCAGGUCUGGGCCGGCAAACUCAAACAUCCAUGCUUGCUUCUGUCCCUCACACCACACAACACUGAGGUUAUCAAAUACACAGGGCCCAAUGCCCCAGAGGAAAGUUAGCCCCAGGUUACCCCAGCAUACUAACUGGAAGGCCAGGAUUACCAGGAAACACUGUUCAUGCUCACUGGAGGUGUAUUUGGAGAGCUAAACGGUCAGUUCAUUGUAAAGAGUUCUGUCAAAACUGGAAAGUAGCAGUUCAUAUAUUGUCAUUUUGUUUCCUGGUUCAGACCUUCACUCAGCAGUCUCUGGGCUUAGUUUGUAUUUGUCUGGUAUUUACCAAACUGGGUGACAGUGAGCAGGUCGUUUUUCAGCUGCUCACUCUCUCACAGUACCUGAGAAGAUGUUUCCCUGUGUCAUUUAAGGCAUGUGAUACAAGAAGCUGCACAUGUUCACAAGCUUUAUCCUCCACUCAAGCCCUGGGGAAUGGGGUGUCACAGGCUUGGCAAUCUCAGAUGUACUAGGUGCUGUCUGAAAGCCCAGUAUAUGUCAUCAGAGACAUAAGCUUAGCAAUUGGAUAGAUUCGCUGGAAGAUGUCCCAGUCAUGUCACCUCUACAUCCUGCUGUGAAGACCCUACCCACUAAUGGGAGAUGUCGGUUAAGGCAAGGGUUCAGUAUCCACCAAAGGUACUUGACUUCAAGAAACCAAUAGUAAUGCAAAAUGCUUAAAGGAACCAAAGGCAUCACCAGGUAUUUGCCAAAAGCAGCCACUUUUAUUUAAAAAUUGAGGCUAAUGUAAUUUCAAGUCAGUCCCAAAAAGGUAUCCAGUUAGGGUUAUAAAUUUCACAGAGAUGUAGAUAUUUCUUGUUUUCCUGUAAAAUAGUAUGGAGCUGUUUUGUUGGUUUAAGAAGAGCAUACUUGGUAGUAAUGCCAAGUUGUUUUCUUCUAUGUCAAGGUGAAUUCUCCGUUGCUUGCAAUGGACAUGCAGGUGUUUCUCUUCAUCUUCACAUAAUGUCUUAGCAUCUCACUUAUGAAGAAAAGGGGAAAACACCAGUGGGCAGUGCCAUUCUUACUGAAGCACUAGUUUCAUGAAUAGAAAAUCAUGGCAAUCAGAGGUCCAUUCGUGUGUUGCCUUUAUGUUGUUUUUAAAAGAAAAACCAUGAUGCCUUUGUAUGUGCUGUUUGCACCCCUGACUCAAUUCUGUACUGUGUCUGAAUGCCAUAGGUUUGCACAUGUACUGUACAUAGGCGAUGCAGACUGUAUUUUUAUAUGUGUGUGCAUUUAUCAUCAGAUCUUUUGUACAUAGUGGCAGUAUUGUAGCUGAUCGGGAAAUGUUUGAUAUCUCAGCAAUUUUGCAUUUUUGUGUCUCAAAUAAAAAAAUUUUUUUUGAUGUA